AAACCUUGGCAAAUAUUUGAAUAUGAAGGUUCGCUUACUCUCACGCAACCCUUCUGAUUUUCGCAGGGAAACUGCCGAUGAUAUAUUUAAAAGUACGAAAGUCUAACAUCAGCAAAUGAAAUCAUAGUUCCUAGAAACCACAGCGCGGCAGAACAUCCAUUUUCGUGUGAAAGAGAAUAUGUCAGAGCAAUUAACGCUGCUAAGCUCGGAAAGAUGAUGGGCAAACCCUUUAUAGGAGCACUUGAAGGAUCAACCGAAAGGGUCACAAGUAUUUCUCUAAAUACAGAGACUUUGGGCAUGGCAACUUUUGGAACAGCUGAUGGGAAGGUCCAAUUCUGGAACGUAUCAAAAAGAAAUAAAGUUGUUGAGGUUAUUGCACAUGAAAGCGAAGUUCGAGGAAUCUGCCACUCCAACAGGUCUCGGCUGAUUUACACUUGUAGUCUAGAUGGUCAACUCAAACAAUGGCGGAUGAAUUAUGAUGAUAUUGUAUCAUGUUGGAAACAACCACUGAGUAGUGUUUUGAUGAAAUGGACUCCUCAUUGUAUGGAUCAUCAUCCUUCAUCAAAUGAGUUUCUUAUUGGUGGUCCAGAGUCAUGUCUGCUAUACUCUUCAGUUAGGCUUGAUGUACCGUUGCGUGAAUGGAGUUGGGGUCAAGAGCCGGUUCAUAAUGCCAAGUUCAAUCCAGUCGAACAUAAUAUUGCAUGUGCUUUAACCAAAGAUAAUUCAUUAAUGCUAAUCGACUGUAGACAGGAUCAACCUGUUCGCAAGGUCAAAAUGGAUUUGAAAUUAAAUGCAUUUUCAUGGAAUCCGAUGGAACCAUUCAUAUUCACUGCUGCAUCCGAAGACUAUAAUGUUUAUACAUUCGACAAUCGUUUCUUCAAAUUCCCUCGCAGAGUUCACCGUGGUCACGUAAAUGCUGUACUUGAUGUAGACUAUUCACCAACUGGAAGAGAAUUUGUAACUGGAAGCUACGACUCAACAAUUCGACUUUGGAAGUGUGAUUCUACAGAAUCAUUUGAUGUUUAUCACACUAGACGCAUGAAGCGUGUGCUUGUUGUCAAGGUGACACUAGAUGCGAAGUUUGUUCUGUCAUCAUCAUCAGAUCAAAACGUCCGACUAUGGAAAGCUCACGCUAACGAAAUUAUUGGACCGAUUCAGCCAAGACAAAAAGCAUCCCUACAGACAUGUGAAUCUUUACGAGAGAAAUUCAAAGACCAUCCAGAAGUCCGGAAAAUUCUAAAACAUCGUCAUCUGCCAAAAACGAUUCACGCCUCCAGUAAAGAACAUGCAAUAAUCAGAGCGAAAGAAAGGCGCAAGGAAAGAAAUACUCGUAUAUUUAAUAAAAAUGAUCUUCCAUUUAUUCCUGAUAAAGAGAAACACGUCGUUGCACAAUAUAAAUAGUUUUGAGUC